UUUCGUGCUGUUAAUAGCAGAUUCUAAUGAAUCCAUCCUCGUUUCCUUUCCCAAUUACCAAGUUACUGUUACCGCUGCCGCUACUACCACUACUACUGCGCUUAGUACCCACUGCUACUUAGUCUGCAGCAGCAGAGAAGAUCACAUGCACAUUUUAACUCUCCCUCCUCCUCCUCCUCCACCACCAUCACUGCGAUCUCUCCGCUCGGCCAUUCGUCCUUCACGUUCUGCUGAACUAUUUGAAGUAGUAGUAGUAGUAGUUGCAGUCAUCGCUAUUCUCCUCAUUGGUUUGGUUUGGUUUGUUUCGGAACUUUUGGUGAGCGUUUGGGAUUCAGCUGGAUAGUAGAGAUGGCAACGCCGAUCGAGUGCUGGUCCGGACGGCCAAGCACGGACGAGGACAUGGUGGAGCAGGUCCUCAUGCAGACCCACGACCGGUCGGAGGCCUUCCACCGUUCCGCUGCCUCCUCCCCCGCCUGCAACUCCUCCCCAUCCUCUUCCUCCUCCUCCUUUUCCUCCCCGCCUUCCCCCUCCGCCGCCUUCCCUCCUCCCAAGAGAUGGCAGCGCAUCGGCCGCAAUUUCGCCGGCGCCAUCGCUGCUCUCCGCAGCUCCCUCAACCUCGACUCCUCCCGCGACCCUUCCCCCGCGCGCUUCGACCGUCUCUUCCGCGGCGGCGGUGGCGGCGGCCAGCCCCCUGACAAGCUCGUCGCUAGUGCCCGUCGCCACUUCGAUUCGCUGCCCAAUAGCUACGCUCAGGCGGGAUUUGAUAUGAAGGAUGUGCUUCUGCAUGUGAGAUUGAUCGAGCAGGCGUCGGCAGGCGACCACCCCGCAGUCCACCUCCAAGAGAUUCACGACGAUGGCGGGGCUGAGAGAUCCGUUUUCCAGCUUACAUUUGCCUGCGGCUCGCCGUUGUCAUGGCCGGCGAUGGCGGAAGCGCUCGAUAGCUCAUUGAUCUGCUGCAAGAAGAUCCAGAUCUUUGAGAAGAAAGGCUUGACCCUCGGGGUCGUCUCCGUCUUAGUCCAGCAGGGAAAGGAGAGGCACUUCAAGGCCCGGAUCGAGGCCUCGCUGAAGGCGGCGGUGAAGAAGCCCAGGAACAACGGCGUCAAGCUCCCCUUUGGUUUGUGCGGCCGCCAAGAGGAGCGCCCGAGGAGCGCCGAGGAGGAUGCUCGCGGGGACGGGAACGACGGGCAAGGCAUCGACGGGGAGGGACUCCGCCGGAUUCAGCUACCGAACCCGCUCCCGAUGUCUUCCGUCGUCGUCUCGAUCGACGAGUGGCAGAGCAUCCGGUCAGGCGGGGACGAGAUAAGGAGGUGGGUUCUGAGCUCCGACGAGGUCGAGCUCGUCGACCGCACGGGGCCUAUCUCGUUCAAGGGGGUGCACAGGGGGAGAAGAGUGUGGGUGAAGAAGCUGCGGGGGUGCGACAGGGGAAGCGCUUACGAUGUGGAGGUCAGGCAGGACUUGUUGCAGCUGAUGAGCUGCGGGCAGAGGAGCAUCCUCCGAUUCCAUGGCAUCCUCUUCCAAGAGAACCAGGGGCUCUGUGUCGUCACCAGGAUGAUGGAUGGAGGAUCGGUGCACGAUGUCAUGCAGAAGAACAAGAAGGUCCCAAUGAGGGAGGUGAUGCGGAUGGCAUUGGAUGUUGCAGAAGGCCUCUUGUUCAUGAACAAUCAUGGAGUGGCCUACAGAGAUCUCAACACACACAGGAUCCUGCUCGAUAGGCAGAGAAAUGCUUGCCUUGGUGACAUGGGCAUCGUGACUUCUUCUAACAUUGCCGGCGAGGUCACCGAGUACGAGACCGCCGGCUACCGAUGGCUAGCUCCUGAGAUAAUUUCUGGGGACCCCGAGAUUGUUUCAGAGACUUGGAUGAGCAAUGUGUAUAGCUAUGGAAUGGUUCUCUGGGAAAUGGUAGCUGGUGUGGCAGCCUACUCUUCUUAUUCACCGGUCCAAGCAGCGGUGGGGAUCGCAACAUGCGGGUUGAGGCCGGUGAUACCUGAAGACUGCCCUCAGGUUCUGAGGUCACUGAUGCACAGGUGCUGGAACAGUAACCCAGCGAAGCGACCUCGGUUUGCGGAAAUCGUCUCGAUCCUCAGUAAGCAAAAUGUUUGAUAAGCAGCUCAAUUUUUUUGUUCUAUGCAAAAAAAAUGGUUUUGUU